ACAAUAUUGUAGACGAGAAUGAAGAGCGCUCGAGUUGAGGAGGUGAACCCGACGCGUAGCGGUGUGGCACAGUAUUAUUUUUCUGCAUUCGUGCUCGAACCAAGAGCUUUAAACGUUUGUGUUUUUAAGCGGUGGGUCGUUUAGGAGCUGUCGAGAGAGGCUGAGCCGCUGUGUGUUGGGUUUUUGUCUGUUUUUGUGCGGAAAGCUGAGGAGCAGCUGUGUGUGUGUGGAAUAUUGUGCUCAGGGCUUUUAGGCUAAGUUACUUUACUUGUUCAUUUGGAGUGACAGCGCUUUGUAGAGGUCUAACAGUGAAGCCUGGGAGGCUGAAUUACACCCGCAGACUGGACUAAAGUGCUGCAGCCUGCGCUCGGAGCAGAUAGCCUUCCGCACAGUAAUGCUAAAAUGGACUUAUCGCCUAAAUAUGAGAAAUGUGAGUGACAGAUCGAGAGAUAAGGGUGAUGGAUUGAGAGAUAGGGAGUGACUUCAGUGUCACUUUGUGUGAGGAAGCUUCAACUUUCAGGCUCUGACAUUGAAGGGUGUUUUGGGGGGGGGGAUAUUUGUGUUUUUCCCUCGUUAAGCUGAUGUAAGUUAGGUUAUAUGUGCGAACAGUGAGUUAGUCUGACUGAAAGACCUGAGUGUGAAACGAUGGCGGACUCUGUGAAAACCUUUCAAGCCCACCUGACCGCCGUCAUGGACAGCCUGGUCCGCGCGUCGGUGUGCGAGAUCACCAAACUCUUCCAGGACACGGUCAACGACUACUUGGUGGAGAUUUCGCUGAACAGGAAAGAGAACGAGGCCCUCAAGUUGCGUCUUCGGCUGACUGAGAACAAACUGAGGAACGAGAGGAAAUAUGGCAUGGCCUGGGCUACGAACCGCCGAGCCGCUGGGCUGCUGGCCUCGGACGACCCGGGGGCCAAAAAACGCAAAGUGGACACGAGAGCCAAGCAGGGGAAGGAGUGGAGCGGUGGCGGCGGUGCUGCUGCGUGGGAGGAGGGGGCCGGAGGAGCGAGGGAGGAGAGGAGGGACGUGUUCCGAGUCCAUCUGCCAACUGCGAGAGAGGGAGAGGAGGAGGAGGAGGAGAGGAGACGUGUCUCCGGGGAGAGGAAGGAGGUGGCUGGCAUUAAAGAGGAGGAGGAGGGCUACAGGUCAGAUUCUCUGAGGCUGCUGCAGGAGGCGCUCCAGAUGAGCCAGACUGAGACCAGCUCUACCCACGGGGAGCUGGAUCCUGCCUCUGUUGGUUCUGGAUCAGUUGCGGGCGAAGCGUGGGAGGAGCCACCUGCUCUGUCAGCAGAACCUAUGAACAGUGGGGACGAGCUCAGUGGGCUCGAGACUGCUUUAAAGGCGGAACGUGAGCGGGAGAAGGCAGGUCCUCCUGUAGACAGUCCCUCACAAGUCAGGGGCGGAGCCGAAGGUGUGGAAUUUAUCGGCCUGGACGGUUUGUGCAGCUCUCAACAGGACGUUCCCCCGUCAACACACAAAGCAGAACCCCCCGACAUCCCGUCGGCCACUGGGAGCCAGAACGACGAUGAUGAGGGGGAGGAGUCGGGUCAAGAAGGCGUCGACCCUUUGCAUUUCUGUCCACAGUGCGGUGGAGGCUUUAACUCUGCCUCCGACCUUGCGGACCACACGUGCCCACUGGCCGAUGAGCGCCCGUUUCAGUGUUCGGUCUGCGGCCGGGCGUUCAGUCACGCCUGGAGCUUGAAAAGCCAUGAGUGCGUGCAGGUGGGUGAACAGCCACACCGCUGCGAACUCUGCGGCAAGCGCUUCACGCACUCGCGCUCUCUGGAGCGCCACCAGCUGGUGCACACAGGCGAACGCCCCCACAGGUGCCCCCAGUGCGGACGCAGCUUCAGCCGCCUAGGCAACCUGGAGCGCCAUCAGCGCAUCCACACUGGCGAGAGGCCGUAUGAGUGUGCCGCCUGCGGCAAGCGCUUCAGCCGCGUGGAGUACCUGAAGCGGCACCAGCAGAUUCACAGCGGAGAGAGGGGGGAGAGGAACCCACUGCAGUGUGGCCACUGCAGCCAGACGUUCAGCGACAAUGAGCACCUCAAACGGCAUCAGUGCUUCUCCAGUGCCUGACGACAACAGCAAGAGACCAUAGCCCUAAUGCUCCAUCCAGUCUUUAACCUCUUAACCUUUAUUUGUGAGUGCUUCCACACUUCCAUUCCUCAUUCCUUUUAAUGUAAUAAUACCUUAUUCAUUUUGCAUUGUUUUUCAUGUAGUUACUGAAUAAUAAGUCUUAGGAGAAGCUUAAGGGGUUAACAGUGAGGGGCUACUUUCUCAGACAUGUAUUAACCUUUAAUAUUUCUGACAUUUGGCAGAUACUUUUAUUCAAUGUGACAGUUUCUUUGUGGCAAGUACUAUUUGGAUGGGAUUUGUUUUCCAUGGGGAGGUGGUGUGAUGCCACUUUACCACAGGACGUCUGUAAUGUUCAUGGCCAGUUCACCUGGGAUAAGAAUUCUUGGUAUAAAUGACAGAGAUGUGAGUAGCUACUCCAUUUUUACGCUGCCUGUACUGCAGGAACGAGUAGAAAACGUGUCAAAAUGUUUAGCUGUCAUUCAGUUUACCCUUACCAUCUGUCUUGCUGUCUUAAGUAAAUGCACUCAUUAGCAUUGUUAAUAGCUUGAAAAUUCACAGCCAGCAGUAAACAUAACUGCAUAAAAACACUUUUAUCUGUAAUUUGUACGUUUUAAUGUUCUGAGUUGUACACUUGAGGUCAGACAGUACAUAUUGGCUUGAUUUUAGCCACAGAGUAAACAAUUCUUAGACCCUCCAUACUUAAGAAACUUCUAUUCCACAGAAUAUUGUACCAUCUUUACCAACAUGUUGAUUGGCACAAGAUUAAUACAACCUGAUAACAUCUGUAACAUAUUUAUAUGGUUGGCUUUAGAAAGUAAAAGGUGCUGGAAUCUUUACUGACACGAGAGCAUACAGUCUGUAAGAAUGACUUAUAUGGUGCAUUUGAAUGGGACAGAAAUCACUGAGAAAUGGCAGUAAAAGUUGCAAUAUCUCCCCAUCCUCAUGUAAAACUAAUCCCAUCUGAAUAGUGCUACUGAGAAGCAGGUGAAUGUUACAUUAAGUCUUGCCCAAAAAUUCUUAAUAGCGUGCCAUAGUGUUCUUGCCCAGGUGGGGAAUUGAAACCCUGGUCUGCCAUGUGGCAGGUAGAAGACUUACUCACAGUGCUAUACUGACUGCUACAUUAAAUCUAGUCUUGGAGUAAAUUGCAGUGGCACUGGUGUAUCAUUCUUUUAUGAUUAAGGCUUGGGAGACUGACCCUAGGCUUAUUAGUGGUGAACUUAAUCCUAAGGCUUAUUAUCCAUUACCUACUAUGAAUUACUAAGUAACUACUAAGAAAUUACUGUGUAAUUUAUGUAGUUACAAAAGUGAGGAAUGGAAGUCUGGACCCACUGAGGGAUUCUUACAGUUCAAGAGGUCAAAGAAUAUGUUAAACAUCUCAAUUAAAACAUCACACAGGAGCCAAUGAAGAACAGUAUUUGACAUGGCACAGCCACCAUUUAUCAUCGACAGACUACACUGUCUUGUGCAUUAUGAUUCGUAAAGGGGUCUUCAGUACACCUGUGUCAUUUCUCAUUCCAUAUGUUUCUUAUUUUCUUUCUUCAGCUAGAACGCACCAGUUAGAGCAUUUGCAGCCUACACUUUUCAUACAUAUGGACAAAAUACAAAUUACAGAUUAUCUUCAACCAUGAAUGGUCUAAUUUUUUUUGUAGUAGAAAUAUUUAAAAAAUAAUUAAAACUCAUACUCAAUACCAUAAAACAAAAGUAAGGCCUCAUCUGUGCUUCCACCAUCAUAUCAAUGUAGAACUACCCAGACGCAUCUAAGUUAAAUAUUUUAUCCAUGUAGAGCAUUUCUUUAGAUUGUGUUUCAAGCAAGAUCCUGCAGGUUUUCAAGAAAGAACAAUUGCAUGUAUACAAAAAGUUGUUUUCUCAGAUUUUUUAUUUUGAACCAAACUGUGACCCGAGAGUUUUGCAUACAGAACCUAAACGUAUCUGGUUGUGUUUUUUUGUCAUUUGUCAUACUUUAAAUAGUGACAAAUUGUCUUUUGCUUAAGAAAUUUACAUCAAGCUUAACAGUUUGUCUCAGCACUUUCCGUAGUACUGUGUCCAUAUUCCAUAUUUUUUCUGAUUUCUGACAAACUGAAGUGGUUCUGUAGGCCAGGUUUGUGGAAGUAUCAGUAUUUUUUUCAUUUUC